AUGACGUACCAAGAUCUCUCUCUUUCUAUUGGACAGCUGACUAACCAAUCACAGCGGAGCGGGAAGCAGAGCUACCACAAGUGGGCGUGGUUAACGUGCAGCCAACCAGCGGCUUGCAUUGUGCCGGUGGGCGGUGCUUCCUGCACAUUACUGAGCGGGAUUGGUUGCUGUAGUAACGCGGCCUAGUCUCAAUCCGAGCGGUAUCUCAGCCUGUGUCUGCCAUCGGCCGGAACUCACCCCGAGAGCGAACCCGGAGCCUCCCCGUCUGCCGCCGCUGCCCAUCCGAGAGCUCCCCGAGCCGCCCACCGAGACUGAGCGUCUCCCCCGCCUCACAGCUACCGCCAGCCGCCAUAUUGGUCGCAGAGGCCUAACUUCCGGGUGAAGCCUGCCUGGCAGUGAGCGCUGUGACUGCGGCAACGAGGGACUUACAGAGCGGUAUACAGUGAGUGCGAGCUCCGGACUAAAACUCCCAUCAGCCUGGCCCUAUAACCCCCCCCAGACUAAAACUCCCAUCAGGCUGGCCUUAUACCCUCCCUCUCCCCCCCAGACUAAAACUCCCAUCAGGCUGGCCUUAUACCCCCUCCAGACUAAAACUCCCAUCAGGCUGGCCUUAUACCCUCCCUCCAGACUAAAACUCCCAUCAGGCUGGCCUUAUACCCUCCCUCCAGACUAAAACUCCCAUCAGGCUGGCCCUAUACCCUCCCUCCAGACUAAAACUCCCAUCAGGCUGGCCUUAUACCCUCCCUCCAGACUAAAACUCCCAUCAGGCUGGCCUUAUACCCUCCCUCCAGACUAAAACUCCCAUCAGGCUGGCCUUAUACCCUCCCUCCAGACUAAAACUCCCAUCAGGCUGGCCUUAUACCCCCCCUCCAGACUAAAACUCCCAUCAGGCUGGCCUUAUACCCCCCCUCCAGACUAAAACUCCCAUCAGGCUGGCCUUAUACCCCCCUCCCUAAAACUCCCAUCAGGCUGGCCUUACCCCCCCUCAGACUAAAACUCCCAUCAGGCUGGCCUUAUACCCUCCCUCCAGACUAAAACUCCCAUCAGGCUGGCCUUAUACCCUCCCUCCAGACUAAAACUCCCAUCAGGCUGGCCCUAUACCCUCCCUCCAGACUAAAACUCCCAUCAGGCUGGCCUUAUACCCUCCCUCCAGACUAAAACUCCCAUCAGGCUGGCCUUAUACCCUCCCUCCAGACUAAAACUCCCAUCAGGCUGGCCUUAUACCCUCCCUCCAGACUAAAACUCCCAUCAGGCUGGCCUUAUACCCCCCCUCCAGACUAAAACUCCCAUCAGGCUGGCCUUAUACCCCCCCUCCAGACUAAAACUCCCAUCAGGCUGGCCGCCCCGCCCGCACCCCCCUCAGAUAAAACUCCCAUCAGGCCACCGGCCUUCCCCUCCACUCUCCCCCCAGACUAAAACUCCCAGGCUGGCCUUAUGCCUCCUCUCCCCCAGACUAAAACUCCCAUCAGGCUGGCCUUAUACCCCCCUCCAGACUAAAACUCCCAUCAGGCUGGCCUUAUACCCCCCUCCAGACUAAAACUCCCAUCAGGCUGGCCUUAUACCCCCCUCCGGACUAAAACUCCCAUCAGGCUGGCCUUAUACCCCCCUCCGGACUAAAACUCCCAUCAGGCUGGUCCUAUUACCCCCUCCUCCAGACUAAAACUCCCACCAGGCUGUCCCUCUACCUCCUGCUUUCCUAGACUGGGCUGGUAACCCCAGUCCCUCCUACUCCCUGAGUUAGAAAUCCCACAAUGCUGGAUAUAAAGGGAGUCCCAGGCUUGUCCUGUAUUGGUUAUCACUGUCAGGGCAUAUCUCAUGCAUUAUUCUCCCCUCUCUGAAUGUCUGUUGGUUUUUGCUUUGCAGAUAGUCGUGAAACAUGGCAGUCCAGGAGACGAGACCAAAUAA